CUACUCACAGUAACCUCAACUCCUGCCACAAUGUACAAAAUGCAACUCUUGUCUUGCAUCGUACUGACUCUCGCACUCGUCGCAAACAGUGCACCUACUACUUCAAGCUCUACGAAGGAAGCACAGCAACAGCUGGAGCAAUUGCUGCUGGACUUACAGUUGCUCUUGAAUGGGGUUAAUAAUUAUGAGAGCCUCAAACUCCCCAGGAUGCUCACAUUUAAAUUCUACAUGCCCAAGAAGGCCACAGAAUUGACUCAUCUUCAAUGUCUAGCAGAAGAACUCAAACUUUUGGAGGAAGUGCUAUAUUUAGCUCAAAGCAAAAACUUUCACUUGACAGACAUCAAGGAACUAAUGAGCAAUAUCAAUGUAACACUUCUGAAACUAAAGGGAUCUGAAACAAGUUUCAAAUGUGAAUAUGAUGACGAGACAGUAACCAUUACAGAAUUUCUGAACAAAUGGAUUACUUUUUGUCAAAGCAUCUUCUCAACACUGACUUGAUAAUUAAGCACCUCCUAUUUAAAUGUACCAGGCUUUCUAUUUAUUUAAAUAUUUAAAAUUUAUAUUUAUUUUUUGAUGUAUGGUUUGCUACCUUUUGUAAUUAUUAUUCUUAUACUUCAUAUGGUAAAUAUGGAUCUUUUAAGAUUCUUUUUGUAAGCCCUAGGGGCUCUAAAAACUCACUUAUUUAACCCAAAAUAUUUAUUUUUUAUAUGGAAUUGUUAAAUAUGUCUAUGUAGAUAAGUUAAUAAAAUUAUUUAAUAAAGAUGAAUAAAA